UGACCCUCAACAGGCUCUGCGACUUCGCACUCCAGCUAGGUGUUCGAUGUGGCUCAGACGCUCCCAUCUUUUCUGUUCAGGCUCACAGAUUUGCAGCCAACGCAAAACACUAAGCAGCCAUGGAUGCCAUCAAGAAGAAGAUGCAGAUGCUCAAGCUUGACAAGGAGAAUGCCUUGGACAGAGCUGAGCAGGCCGAGUCAGACAAGAAAGCAUCUGAGGACAGAAGCAAACAGCUUGAGGAUGACCUGGUAGCACUGCAGAAGAAGCUGAAGGCCACUGAGGAUGAGUUGGACAAAUACUCCGAGGCCCUGAAGGAUGCUCAGGAGAAACUGGAGCUCGCUGAGAAGAAAGCCACAGAUGCCGAGGGAGAUGUAGCUUCCCUGAACAGACGCAUCCAGCUGGUUGAAGAGGAGCUGGACCGAGCUCAGGAGCGCCUGGCCACUGCCCUCACCAAGCUGGAGGAGGCUGAGAAAGCUGCCGAUGAGAGCGAGAGAGGCAUGAAAGUCAUUGAGAACCGAGCAAUGAAGGACGAGGAGAAGAUGGAGCUGCAGGAGGUCCAGCUGAAAGAGGCCAAACACAUCGCUGAGGAGGCUGACCGCAAAUAUGAGGAGGUGGCCCGUAAGCUAGUGAUCAUUGAGAGCGACCUGGAACGUACAGAGGAGCGUGCCGAGCUGUCCGAGAGUAAAUGCUCUGAGCUGGAGGAGGAGCUGAAGACCGUGCAGAACAACCUGAAGUCUCUGGAGGCCCAGGCGGAGAAGUACUCGCAGAAGGAGGACAAAUACGAGGAGGAGAUCAAGGUUCUCACAGACAAGCUGAAGGAGGCUGAGACUCGUGCUGAGUUCGCUGAGAGAUCAGUUGCCAAGCUCGAGAAAACCAUCGACGACCUGGAGGAUCAUCUAUACAAGCAGCUUGAUAAAAACCGUCUUCUGACCAAUGAGCUGAGAGUAGCCUUAAAUGAGGCCUAACCUGCAAAGGGUUUGCUUUAUGCUGGCACUUUUUUUAUGAUGCAACAUAAUCCAAGAGCAUUGUGGAUUUGUUAGAUUAAGCAGGUAGAGAUUCACAUCUACACCACAGAAAUAUAAUCAAAUUGUACAUAUUGCUGUAUACUCGGAUGCUAAAGUAGGGACAUCAGAAAGUAAUCAUGGUGUUUUUUUUUUGUCUCUGAAUUAGUGAGUUAAGUUUAUUUUACUGCAGGUUUGACUUGCUCAGCCUUAUAGCUGCUGGAGUGAGUUACUUCUACAUGUAGCGUUUCACAAGCCCCAAAACAACUCUCACUUGUUUUGGGGCUUGUGGUUCUAAACAAGAGAAUCGGUAAGAUUUGCAAUUCACCUCCAGACUGAGGUCUUAAAUAUAAAUAAAACACCAAGUAGGGUUUCUACACAGUACUAGAUUAACCUAUUUAAAUGUGUAAAAACCCUCAUUUAAAUUUGUGACAAAUGACAAUAACUUGGUUAAGUUAAUUCAUAUCUAAUAUUGGAGAUAAAAAUUUUCUCACUUUUGAUCUCUAACAAACUACAAAAAGUCAGCUGAGACCAGAUUCUUUGGGUAAUGGAAGAUGCACAUCUAAGCUGAGUUCUUUCAAAGUUAAAAUAACUCCCAGUGUGUAGUAAAAAGGAUGAACACGUUCAAAAAAUAUAGCAGAAUGUAGUUUAAGACCCACUGUGGAAAACUGGACUGACUUUCUGAGUAUUAAAAUUAAGAUUAUUAAAUUUAAGACCACACAGAAACCUUGGUUGAAUAUAUUUUAACCUUUUUUUUUUUAACACAAUUUGUCAUGCAGUAAAAAUUAAGUUUAUAUUUCUGCUUGAUUUUUAGACUGAGAGGCUGAAGUGGUAUUUCAGCUGUAAUGGAUUUGUUUCAAAACCUAAUUUCAAAGAAACAGAUUUAAAGUUAUAAUUAUUUUUAAAAAGUUGAGCACUGUAAUUAGUCCCACUAAAUGCAUUGGAGCCUAGACUUCAUCUCUGUCAAUAGCUUGAGAUAAACCUUGUCAAAUGUUUCAUUAAUUUGGGUUUCUGGUACUAGUUCACAGCAUGAAGCUUUUCACAUUUACUUGGUGUGAACACUUAAUAUGGGGACUGAGGGAGGAGAGGUGAAAUAGAUUUUGUUUUUGGCUCAUCAGCAUGAAUGAUUUUUUUUUUUUUUUUUUUCCACCAAAACCUUU